AUGUUUUGCCAGAUAUGCUGUGGUGUGCGGAUCUUCAAUUUACAUCGACCAGCGCGACCUGAUUAUCACAAAAUUGUACUCUUUUAUGUACUCUUUCUACAAGCAUUCAUUGGAUUAUUCAAACUUCUUUACAGCUCCCUUGAAUGGUUAUUGGGUUGGAAGACCCAGCCAGCGUUGUUCAACAUUUAUGCGCGUGCUCUUGAGCUUCUUAUUAUUUGCCAUUUUUAUUUAACUAUUGUAUGUGUCUUGAUGCGAUGGAAUAAUCAUGCGGCCACAAGGCUCCCGUUGUUAACUUUGACUCUUAUGUUCAUUUACUUCACUUUUUUAUUGGCAAUUGGACUUGUGUUCGCCGUGGAGCCGUGGAGAGAGUGUCGCGCUCCAUAUUGGAUAUGGUUGUCUGCUGGUAAUGUUCUCACAGUACAAAUGAUACUGUUUUCAUUUGCCUUAAUAAUUCGUCGUCUAAAUAGUUUAUCCUCCGGCGAAGGAGUCUUUCGACGCCAUAAACAACAAUUCUUUAGCUUACUUUGGGCUUUCGAAACGUCUACCUUGGUGGAUUUGGGUUACCACACGAGUUUAUUUUUGUUGGCUGGCGAACAAGGAUGCAGCUUUGUUUUUAACCAUAAUCAAGUCCGUUACUCACUUAUUAAAAUUCCAUAUGAAAUUAUUACCUUUUUAUUGCCAAUUUGGGUUAUAUUGGUCGUAUUCAGACCUUCUGGAAAAAGUAACAACAGUUAUAACGAUGAAGAUUCAGAUUUCACUUUUUUGAGUGAUUCGAGGCCCAGAUCACUAAGUAAUGUUGUUGUCGUCCGAAAUUGGAGGCGAAGGUAUAGGCCAUUAGGAUCUUCUCAAUGGUCAUUUGUGAACCCAGCAACUCAGGUGAAUCUGGCUCAAAGAGCGAGAAGACCUCCAAGCAAAGACGUAUUAAGUGUACUUGUUUUAUAUGUUACUUUGCGCAAACUCUUCAAAAUUUACUUCAGAAGUCAGUCUGCGCCGUUAUUAAUUGCACGGCCAAAUCGACGAAAUUCGCUUAGUCAUUCAUUGAUUAGCUCUCCGCUGUAUCCAAUUCCUGAAGAAGUUAAUUCUUCGCACUCUUUAUCAACUACCGGGUCCGGAUCAGGUGGUAAUACAUCUAUCGAGCCUGUUGUUGAUUCAGAUUAA